AUCAGUCAGCUGCUUACCGGCUUCCAAGUUUUGUUGUGUUUUUGGAAUAUUUCGCCCUCCAAAUGUGGAUCAACCAAGAUGUUGCUUAUUUGCCGAAGAUUCUGUUCACGAUCAAUAGAGGAAGUAUUCCCUUAUAGCACCGUUAAAGUAUUCCGGAAACUACCCAAAGUUCAAGCAGACGACCCUCCAGCACCUGCAGAUCCACCAGAUCCCGUCUUGAAAAAGGAGGUAGAAAACCCGUCGCCGGAAUAUCGUGAAAAUGCAGUUGGAAUUCAAAUGCUAUCCAAAAAUCUGUUUGACCAAAUAUUCAAGAAGUCUAAAACUAUCGGAAAUGUUGAUAAGAAAAACAUCCUGAAACACGUAGCGGAAUUAAAACGACAUGGAAUCCAGAUUGGAGAGAGUCCUCGACUUGAUGAUGUUACCCUCAAGCUGCCACCUAUGAAAGGAAACGACGUUGAAGAACAUUUUCGCAUCAUUUCUAAUGAACAAUGUGAACCGUAUAAGAAUCUGAUUAAAGAUCUAUUAAAUGACCCUCCUCCACUGCCUACGGAAUGGUCCUUCCAAUCAGGCUGGACAAGGUACGAAGACUCCGGUCCUAAAGCUGUUGAUUAUCCGGAAGAGGACGCCUUAGUUUUCGAUAUUGAAGUAUGCAUGUCGGAAGGGAGUGCCCCCACCAUCGCUAGUGCCGUAGGAAAAAGGCAUUGGUAUUCCUGGGUGAGUCCCAACUUAAUUAAAGCCACAAGUUUCAAACAUGUUGAGAACAGACGAUAUACAUUAGACGAUCUGAUUCCUCUAGGACAGAAAAGUCCAAAGAUUAUAGUAGGCCACAACGUAUCUUUCGAUCGAGCACGGGUACGUGAGCAGUAUUUGCUUGAGGAUGUGGGGUCAAGGUUCUUGGAUACAAUGUCCCUUCAUGUUUGUAUCAGUGGAAUAACUAGCUACCAGCGGGCAAUCUUGAAAAGCAAUAAAGAAAUGGAUAUAGAAGACUUGGAAUGGUCAGCCCAGAGUUCAUUGAAUAGCCUGGCUGAGGUGUAUAAGUUGUAUUGCGGAAAGGAUUUGCAGAAGGAACCUAGAGAUAUUUUCAUCAAAGGAUCCCUAGACGAUGUCAGGAGCAACUUUCAGAGUUUGAUGACUUAUUGCGCCACCGAUGUGGUUGCUACUCGAGGAGUUCUUGGGGAAAUCUAUCCGAUCUUUUUGAAGAGGUUUCCUCAUCCGGCAACGUUAGCAGGCAUGUUGGAAUUGGGUUCCGCUUACCUUCCAGUCAACUCAAAUUGGAAUCGCUACAUUGAUGAAGCAAAUCUCACCUACGAAGAUUUAGACAUCGAAGCAAAGUAUCAUCUCUCCCGACGCGCUGACGAAUCCUGCCAGCUAUUAGAGAACGAAAACUAUAAAAAUGAUUUGUGGAUGUGGGAUCAAGACUGGAGUGUACAGCCCUUUAAGUUGAAGAAAGCGAUACGCAAAGCAAACAGAAACGAUGGUGCCAAUCCGUCUAACCCGACAACCGACAGUGGAGAAGAAAUCAACGAAGAGGACAGAUUAGCUUUAAAGUUCAAAUAUUUAUAUAAUACUAGUCAAUUACCCGCUCGGCGACAACUUCUGCCUGGCUAUCCAGCUUGGUAUCGAAAGUUGUGUACAAAACCUGACAUUGAGAAUUGGACACCAGGAGCAAGUGAAAUCGGCACUGGUAUGCAAGUGACCCCAAAACUGUUGUCUUUGUGCUGGGAAGGUUAUCCACUGCACUAUAUUCGAGAACAUGGUUGGGGUUUCCUAGUUCCUUUUCGAACAUCGCAUCCAGAAGGAGAAGAUGGUCUUAUCCCUAUUCAAGAACUAGUCAAAAAGUGUCCAGUUGUGGAAACAGAGGGAGAAGCUACAGCUGAUGAGAGUUUGGAUGCAAUGAAUUCACUCUGGAAAGAUGUUGAGCAAAACCUGAGCAAAAGAGACUAUUAUCGCAAAGCGAAAAAAGACAAAACGUUUGGAAAAUACACAGGGACAGGUGUAUGGUGCAAUACUGUUUUGGAAGGUUGCUGUUGGUUUUUUAAACUACCACACAAGAAUGGACCGUCUCAUCGCGUCGGGAAUCCUUUAGCAAAGGAUUUCCUAAAUAAAUUUUCCGAAAAUGUACUGACUGGCGAGGGAACGGCUGCCCAGCGGGUAAUAGAAAUAGCAAGAAUGUUAUCCUACUGGAGAAAUAAUCGUGAUCGAAUCAUGAGUCAAUUAGUUGUUUGGUUGCCACAAGAAAGUCUUCCCGAACACAUGCAGCGGGACGACAAUGAAUAUGGAGCCAUUCUGCCACAGGUGGUUGUGUGUGGUACAUUAACUCGUCGAGCAAUGGAACCCACAUGGAUGACAGCAAGUAAUGCACAGCGUGAACGAGUAGGUUCUGAAUUAAGAUCUAUGAUUCAAGCUCCUAAAGGGUAUAAAAUAGUUGGAGCAGAUGUCGAUUCGCAGGAGCUUUGGAUAGCGUCAGUGUUGGGUGAUGCACAUGCAACUGGUAUGCAUGGAGCAACACCUCUUGGUUGGAUGACUCUAAGCGGAACCAAAUCAUCAGGGACUGACAUGCAUUCCAUGACUGCAAAAGCCGUUGGGAUUUCUCGAGAUCAUGCCAAAGUAAUUAAUUAUGCUCGAAUUUAUGGUGCUGGGCAGAAUUUUGCGGAAAGUUUGCUGAAACAGUUUAAUCCAACUAUCUCGGAUGGCGAAGCUCGUUCGAAGGCAAUGAAGAUGUUUGCAUUGACUAAAGGCAAGAAGAACUUUCGAAUUUUCGCUGGCUAUGAGGAAGAAUACAGGAAAAGAUGCUUCUCUUCCUAUGAGGCGCUUAAAAUCGCUGCUGCAAAUGGUCGAUCAGUACCUGAAAUGUUCGAGAAACCACGCUGGGAAGGAGGAACGGAAAGUGCUAUGUUCAACCGUUUAGAAGAGAUUGCUGGCAGUGAAUCUCCAGUCACACCAUUUCUUGGUUGCCGUUUAAGUCGCGCCCUAGAACCUAAAAUAGGUGGUAACGAAGAGCGCUUCCUGCCAACUAGGAUAAAUUGGGUUGUUCAAAGUGGAGCAGUUGAUUUUCUGCAUUUAAUGCUCGUGUCAAUGCGUUGGCUGAUGGGAUCAAACAUUCGAUUCUGUUUAAGUUUUCAUGAUGAGGUGCGAUACUUAGUUAAAGAGGAAUUAGCUUACAAGGCAGCGUUGGCCAUGCAUGUUACAAAUCUUCUAACGAGGUCAUUUUGUUCGAGCAGAAUAGGGUUACAUGAUUUGCCGCAAUCCGUAGCAUUUUUCUCAAGUGUUGAAGUUGAUACAGUUUUACGUAAAGAGAGUAGCAUGGAUUGCAAAACCCCAUCAAAUUCGCACGGACUAGAAGCUGGCUAUGGAAUACCGAAGGGAGAAUCAUUAGAUAUUUAUGAAACUAUUAAGAAAGUUGGUGAUUCAGAUAUAUCGCAAUGGGAGUGGCAUCAAAGAAAAGUUUAAGUUUAAUUUUUCAUGUACAUUAAUACAACAAUCAUAUCCUAAAAUGCAUCUUGCAAAUAGAUUUCAAUCAUGUGUUGUCAGUGUUCCAUUUGCUCAUUGUAUCAUCCGUAGUAAUAAAUGCAAGUUCAUUCUGAAAUUGUUUUUAUUAAA